AUGCCGAGAUACGUGAAAAUCGCACCGGCUGGCCCGCUCCCUUCGGAUCCUCCAGCUUCUACCGCUCCUGAGGGUUCUACGGCUGCUGAGACGUCUGCUGCUUCCACAGCUCCUCCAGCUCCUCCAGCCCUUCCUGCUGUUCCACUUCCUCCGACUUCUCUAGCCCUUCCUGUUGUUCCACUUCCUCCAGCUCCUACAGUCGUUCCACCCCGUCUACCUUCUCCGCCACCGUUUCCUCCUGCCAGAAUUGCCCCUCCUUUCGGUGCCCCUCCGUCUGAUGCUGAUAUGUCUGGACGGCUUCGCCAUCUCAUCGCACAGAGGGGCAAACCACUCAUCUGCCCUGGAGUCUAUGAUGGGCCCACAGCCAAAAUUGCCAUCGAACAGGGAUUCAAGGCCUUGUACAUAACUCAAACCGGAGCGUUGGCCUCUCUCCUUGGCCGGUCCGACCUAGGCACGCCGGCUCCCGGUGAGAUGACCAGAAAUGCCCGUGUGAUUGCGGGGAUAGCCUAUAAGUCUGGUGUUCCUGUUAUUGCUGAGGUGCAUCCGAGCUUUGGAGGGUUGACUGUUGAACUGGCCACGAGAGCAUAUAUAAGAUCGGGCAUUGCAGGUAUUAUUUUGUCAGACAUCGAGCCAACCAGACUCACCACACAACGCCCGGAGACAAAUGUCAUGUCCGGUCUGGACUUUUACUCCUUGAUCCACCGGGCUAGCGAUGAACGCACACUGUUUAGUAAAGACAUAGUCAUCAUAGCGCGAUCGGUAGGGCGGGAGUCGCUAGGGUUUGACCGCACUGCUCGCCGGCUGAAGACUGUUACUACUCAAGGGGCAGAUGUUGUUUGGCUGCAGGGGGCCGAUCCCACAGAGAAACCAGCUUUCUAUGAGCUCGUAAAAGACACUCCUGUGAUGCACUGCAUGGAUGCACUGGAUCACAGUCCGUACCCCCCUACCCUGGAAGCGGGCAUUCACAAUGAUCACAUUAUCCUCUUUCCUGACGUGGUACUUGGGACUGUUCUGCGUAGCGUGCGGGAGUCUACAAAGUAUCUCAUGGAGCACAGCAGGAAUCCGGCGUCAGCACACUACGAUCCUCAGGACCUUGAGCGUCUGCUUGGGCAGAUUCAAACAGACGGAGAAUAG